GUCCAUAAAUACCCCCUUUGGACACCUCUCUCAUUCACCAUGCAAUUUGUCUUUCCUUCACACCAAGACUUCUCUCCAACAAUAUCUUCUUCUUUUCUCAUUCUCUCUGUUUCAAAGUCUUUCUCUGGUUCCAAGAUUCCUCGCAACUCUCUUGAUGGCAGUAGGAAUCUUUGGAUUGAUCCCAAGCUCAUCACCAGACGAGCUAAGGAAGAUUCUGCAAACACUUUCAACAAAAUGGGGAGACGUAAUUGAGGAUCUUGAGAGUCUUGAAGUGAAGCCGAUGAAAGGAGCGAUGACUAACGAAGUGUUCAUGGUGAGUUGGCCUAGAAAAGAAACGAAUCUUCGAUCUAGGAAACUUCUUGUUCGUGUCUAUGGUGAAGGCGUUGAGCUUUUCUUUAACAGAGACGACGAGGUUCGGACUUUCGAGUUCGUGGCCCGACAUGGCCAUGGUCCAAGACUGUUAGGCCGUUUCGCCGGCGGCAGAGUCGAGGAGUUUAUCCAUGCCCGGACUCUAUCAGCAAGCGAUCUUCGUGAUCCGAACGUAUCAGCUUUAGUGGCAACUAAGCUGAAAAAGUUUCACAGCAUAAACAUUCCUGGAGAUCAAACUGUUCACAUCUGGGACAGAAUGAGGACUUGGGUAGGACAAGCCAAGAAUCUGUGUUCAGCUGAAGAUUCAGAAGAGUUUGGUCUAGACAACAUUGAAGAUGAAAUUAACUUGGUAGAACAAGAAGUGAACAAUGAGUAUCAUCAACAAGAAAUAGGGUUUUGUCACAAUGAUUUGCAGUAUGGUAACAUCAUGAUUGACGAAGACACCAAUGCCAUCACUAUCAUUGAUUAUGAGUAUGCAAGUUACAAUCCAGUUGCUUAUGACAUAGCAAAUCACUUCUGUGAGAUGGUAGCAAAUUACCAUUCUGACACUCCUCAUAUCUUGGACUACACUUUAUAUCCAGGAGAAGAAGAAAGGAGGAGAUUCAUCAGCAACUACCUUGCCUCUUCAGAUGAAGAACCAAGAGAAGAAGACAUAGAAGAGCUUUUGGAUGAUGUCGAGAAAUAUACACUGGCGAGCCAUCUCUUCUGGGGUUUAUGGGGAAUCAUCUCUGGCUAUGUGAACAAGAUUGACUUCAAUUAUCACGAGUAUUCGAAGCAGAGAUUCAAACAGUAUUGGCUUCGAAAGCCCCAGCUUUUACCUUUCUACUCAUCUCAUCAGUAAAAAAAGAAUCCAAUGUUUGGGAUCCACAAUAUAGCUACUAUGCCAGUGUUGAAAAACCAUGUGUAUUUCUUCUGUUAUUAGUACAAUAAUAUUUCCACGGAAAGAAAGAAAAGUUUUAAUA